AUGGGCUCCUAUAAGUCACGCCAAGACAGGGCAGGAAGUGGAGGCAGCAGUUCAAGUUCGACAAAUACAGAUGGUUCUAUUCAAUCUAAAAGUACGACACCCACUCUGUUCAGUGCUCGCGCUGUUUCAGCAAAACAUCAUGACUGGCGCGAGGAAUCCGAAGAUGAUGGUCCUCGUGAUUCCGUCUCAACCUAUGCAUCCACUACACGAUCCGAGGCAGAGAUCGCCCCAGAAGAGCCCGUGUAUGAAGUGGACGACCGACAAGAAAGCUUCUUCCCGACUGAUGCACUCUCUUCAACACCUUCUUCCUUUGCGACCUUGUUCCCCUCAACACGAAGACUGCUCAUUCGACAUGACGACUCGACGGUGGACGGAAACAUGAACUUACGUGUAGACACGGUCGUCCCUCGCCGUGGUGGAUACCAACAAGACGUGAUCCUCUUUCACCUCCGCAUGUACGAUCUCUUCUCACGAAAGUUCUCCUUCCGCCGGUACUGCCGUGACUCUGGCCGAGAAGUAUGUCAUUCAACAAGGAAAGAAGCGACAUCUGUCCUCCAUCACAGCUCAGGUCAACGACGUCGCUCGCUGAGUAGUGUCCUAGCCAGCUUCAGACCAGGAUCAAGUGGCCAGCCAGCACCCUUUGCUGGCGACCUUAAACGCCAGAAUUCUGGAUUCGGAGAGAAAGGACACUCCCGCUCAACAAGUGAUGAAGGGGCGGAAGGAUCAACGACAGUUGAAAAGGGACCUGCGCUCGGAGAUACCAUUUUGAUGGAAUUCUCCAACUACGCACAUGUGGAACUUCGACGACGUGGCCCUGGCUCGGCGAAACGGUACGAAUAUGAAUACUGGUCCACCAAGUACCAGUGGCGGCGCGAGUUCCGGAAAGAGGGCGAUCUGCGUGAGGUCGUAUACUACCUUGUUGAUACGCGCACAUCCAAAACAAUCGCCCACAUGGUUCCCGAGAUUCUUACGCCCGUCGAGGCGGUCGAAGAGGAAAGUAAAGGCGGCUGGGUACCACCGUGUUCGUUGUGGAUCAGUGAUACAUCCGUUUAUGAAAAGAUGCCUGACAUUGCCGAUUCCACUCUUCAACCCAACAACACACACACACACGCACUCACAUACACACCUCUCUACCCCUGUCCUUCUUACCCCUCCCACAGUUCAUGCUUCAUCUUCAUUCGUCCCAGAUUGCAGGCUGCAUUUGCAGGUGAUAGCGAGGCUGAUGAACCGGUUCCUUUCUUUUUUAGCGUGAUUGUCGCAACAGGAUUAGUGGCACUUGUGGAUGAUUGCAUUCGCCGCCGUUGGCACCACGAGCGCCGCGUUCCAUGGAUCCUCCCCGCACGAUCCUCGCUCACCAAAAGUCUGGAGCGCAUGGGCCCACGUCGACUGAUCGGCGAGGUACUCCAGCGAAGAGGAUCGGCUUAG